AUGGCGCCUCCACCUACACUUGCAGUUGGUGCAGCAGAGUCUCAAGACAUAAAAGAGAAUGACGCACAGGAAGUAAAAGAAUUGCCUUUACCACCAGCUAUGCUAAUGACGGCCGAGACUACUCCUGCCAACAAUUUCAUGAAAAAGUCAGCCUCCACGCGGAGUCUAAGCAGCGUGAGCAUGAAAGCCAUGAGCAUGAAGUUGCCAAGAAGCAUGUCUUUGGCAUGGAAGGACGGAGAGGAGAAAAAUAAUCAAAAGAAGAAAGGGAAACUGAAACAUGAGGAUUCAGUUUGGAUGAAGACAAUAAUAUUAGGAGAAAAGUGUAAGGUACCAGACGAAGAUGAAGCUGUGAUUUAUGAUGGCAAGGGGAAGAGAAUUUCAACAUAUCAUAAAAAGGCUUCGAGUUCCUUCUCAGCCAUGUCUAGGCAGAAUUCUCAGAUUGAUUUAAAAGCAAUACCUUCUCAAGACAGGGAAAAGGGAGUCUCAAGAAAAGAUGGUGUCAGGAUGGCCGAGUGGUCUAAGGCGCCAGACUCAAGUUCUGGUCUUCGAGAGAGGGCCAAUAGCCCUUCUCCAAAGCCUACUGCUGCUUCACCGCCAAUUGAUAAGCAGACUCCAGCUGGAAUUUAUGAAAAUCUUAAGAACAAUUACUACCGAGCUGAUGGGCAGAACUGUGGUAACUUCAUCACAGAGAACAGAGCAGGGUCAUACAUACUUCUACACAGUUUUGCUAAACACAUUCGCCUGUUCUCCUGUGACCCAAGAAAGAAUAAUUUCCUGAUGAGUUCCUCGCAAGGGUCUACAUUGUCUGCUAAUGUCGCAGAGUUGGUUGAUGGUUCAUCUGCCCACGAAGACGUUUCUUUUCUUGAUGAUGUGCCUGUUUAUGUGAAGGAGCUCAUUGCUGGUGGUGCUGCUGGAGCAUUUGCUAAGACUGUUGUUGCACCACUUGAAAGAACUAAAAUACUCUUGCAGACAAGAACUGAAGGGUUCCAAUCUCUUGGAGUGUUUCAGUCCUUGAAGAAACUAUUAAAGCAUGAGGGAAUUCUUGGGUUUUAUAAGGGAAAUGGAGCUAGUGUUAUUCGGAUUGUUCCUUAUGCGGCCUUACAUUUCAUGACAUAUGAGCAAUAUCGUGUUUGGAUCUUGAAUAAUUGCCCUGCCCUUGGUUCAGGGCCUGUGAUAGAUCUAUUAGCUGGUUCAGUGGCUGGAGGAACAGCUGUUUUAUGCACAUACCCUUUGGACCUGGCUCGUACUAAACUUGCUUAUCAGGUUGUGGACACGAGAGGGAGUUUCAGGCGUGGCAUGAAAAGUAUAUGUGCUCGACCUGCUUAUAACGGUGUAAAAGAUGUACUUGCAAGCGUCUACAAGGAAGGGGGAAUGCGUGCAUUGUAUCGAGGAAUAGGUCCAACACUUACUGGAAUCCUCCCUUAUGCGGGUUUGAAGUUCUAUGUUUACGAGGAACUUAAGAGACAUGUCCCUGAAGAGCACCAGUCCAUUGUGAUGCGUCUUUCAUGUGGAGCUAUAGCAGGGUUAUUUGGGCAGACAAUGACAUACCCAUUGGAUGUUGUUAGAAGACAGAUGCAGGUUGAAAAUUUGCAACCUUCAAGCCAUGGUAAUGCAAGAUACAAGAACUCAUUAGAAGGGCUUUCUACUAUAGUCCGCAAUCAAGGAUGGAGACAGUUAUUUGCUGGCCUGAGCAUUAAUUAUAUUAAGAUUGUUCCUUCCGUGGCAAUCGGCUUCACUGCAUAUGACAUGAUGAAGGUUUGGCUUCGGAUUCCACCUCGACAGAAAUCUCAAUCAACGUCCACUGGAUAA